AUGAGAGUGCUUGCCAUAAUUUCUGCACUAGAAGAGUUUCUUUUGCCUUUUGCCUCUCCCGGAACCCUACGGAACACCAGCGCGGAGCAUAAUCUCACUUCGAUAUCACGAUGUGCCAAAAUGACGACCUCGUCUGAUGGCCCGUCGAUUGCCAGGUCAGCCAGUGCUGUCUGGAAGACUCACUUCCCUUUCAUAUUCAGAUCGUUCGGCCGUUAUGCGCAUCAAUUUCCAGGCAGCGGGACGUUGGAGGAUUCGAAGGGACGAUUUCGACUACAUAUUCCAGACGGUCUCUGUCUUCUCAACUCCUGGAACCAGUCAGCCGGCCACCGACAGCAAAAGUCGCCGUACUCAGCCACACAAGUCCAUGCCGUCCUCGUUCUCAAUUGCCUCAUGGGCUUUGUCAAACUGACUGGCUUCAUCAACGGACGAGGUGGUUUUCCUGAAAUGGACUCUCGAAUGAAAAUAGUUUGUCGUCCCGGUGGGAUCGAUGGGAUUUCCUGUUGGGAUUCGGCUGCGACGAUGCUCACCUCGUCUCCCAGAGUCCCCACGACUCCGGCAAAACUUGUCUCUGAAGUGAGCGGCUCAUGUCUAAAACUUCCAAAAUCGGAACCCGAGGGACCGCAGUGUGGCCUGUGUCUCGAGUUGCAAACGAUUAUUUCCAAAUACCUACCAACUGAUCUGCGAUGGAACCAGGAAUCCGGGGAUGCCAAGAGUUGUAACCAAUAUGCAACCGAUAUCAGGCGCGAGAAAGAUUAUGGAACAAAGGAUCUGCAGAUUCCUUGGAGGACAUCGUUUCCUCAACCUCCAAGGCCUCACCCUGGACGCCUCGGCCAUGGCCGAAAACACAGCCCAGUCGAGGUUGCACGCCAGGUUUCUCCUACACACUACCACGCUUCUGAUACUAGCCCGGGGCCCGAACGUCCAAGAUUGGAUUCCCUUUUCUUCCCCGCGGGGGCGGAACCUGCGGAUCGCGUGAGGCGACGUUCGAUUGCCUGUCUAGAUCACUGGUUCGGUAUUUCGGCAGCCUUCUUGACUGACAACGGCCACCGACGACGGCAUACUGCACCCGCGCCGCCUGAACCAAAGUUCAAGGACAAGGGGCUGUCAGAUUUACAGUUCUAUGCUUCUUUCUUAUUCCGUCACCAGGCCCUAGUCAUUUGUCAAUUGCGCAUAUCAGCAGUUCUCGAGAACGGUGGGACGAAGCGAAGCGGUUUGAGGCGGUUUGACCUUGCUGUGUUCUGCAGCGACGGCCCAACCACAGCAUCUUUCAACCACCAAAAGGGGAUCAGGGGGAUUGAACAAAGUUUGCAGCCUUCAAACAUGAAAAAACGCGAAGAGAGGAUGAGAAGAGGGGCACGAGCCAGGCAGAUCACCCGUGGUCGUGGUUAA